CGCAGCAGCCGGACAUCCGUCGAAUGCGUAUAUGCAGAAUGCAAAUGAACAAACGACAUCUGCUGUAUCAACAAAACAUCGGAAACUUAGAAGAAUCCGCCAGAGAACCACUUUCACCACGGGCCAACUGAAGACGCUUGAAGGCGCAUUUCAACAAGCGCCUUACCCGGACAUCAUUGUCAGAGAGGCUCUUGCACGGCAACUUAUGCUGGACGAAACGAGGGUGCAGAUUUGGUUCCAAAACCGACGGGCAAAGUGGCGGAAAGGGCAACCGUCAAAACAGGAGAUUUCACUAGAUGAUACAAAUUCUACACCGGACACAGGCAAAGAUUCGAAGAAAUCGGAUAAACAACCACUUUUCAUUCCCGUACCGGAACCGGCAAUGUUCAGCUCGCAUACUCCCUGGUGGUUCCCUAUACCCGUUCAUCACCACAAUCUUGUCGUGUUUCCUGUCUUUUCGCCAAGCUGCUACGCAAACGCCAAAAGCGUUCCGAAUAGGAUCCUAAUUUCUGAUUGGCUGAGAUCGAGGUACAUGGUGCGUGAGACUCCGAUAAUCUCAUGAACAUCGCUUCGGCGGAAACCUUUUAGUUGUUAUUUGAGUAAUCAUAAAUACAAUUAUUCAACUUGCGUUAAAAUUCAGCGAUUCAUUAUGUUUAGGUUAUUAUAGAUAAUUUUAACUGCUGAAAAUAUGAGUGCCAUGCAGGAUAGCUUUAUUAAAUAAACCGUCAAUAAAA